CGCUCCGUGAUGGAUUACCCGUCGCUUUAGCGGUCUCUACAUGUCCGACACGCUGGAAGUGCGCGCUCCGUGAUGGAUUACCUGUAGUUUUAGCUGAAAGCUCCGCACAGACUGUCCCCACUCUCUGUGACUAUAGGCACCUGAAUUACAGUUUCUGUCUGUAGUGUAGAUGAGAUUGUUGGAAUGACACCAGAAGCGCAGCCGCUCCAUGGUUCGUGCCGUUACACAGAGCUGAUACAGACACGGGCCGAAUCCUCCAGACCAAGUCUCAGGACAGAACAAAUGUCAAUAUUGGGUUGACUUGAUGUUUGGUUUAAAAUGAAAAGAAAAGGGCUAACAUUCCCAGGAGACUUAUGGGAAGUAAUUUAUCAUUUUUGUCAGGCAGGGGAUUUGGGAAGGGGGGGGCUCCUUGCCUUCCUGAUGGGGCCUCUGGCUCCGCACAGACACAAAGCCAGUGUCUGCUUACUCAACCCCCUCCUCGAGCUGUUUGCUCAGUACCACCCGACCCUCAAUGCAUCUCAGUGCCCGUCGUCAUGGCGACUAAGUAACCUUAUUGAUGCCUGGGCAGAUGUUACGGGAGGGGUGGGAAGCCUGAACGAUUCAGGGAUCCCAGGGACAUGCCAGCAGAGAUUAUAUUUUAAUGUGCGGGGGCCCCGGGAUUUGGAAUCUCGCCCCUGGUUACGUGUGAAGUUCAGCAUGCAUACAGAUGGAACUGGCCUUCACACAGAAUGAUAGCCUUUACGGGCAAAACAUAUACUCACGCUAGGCCUGAAAAGCUGAGGAAAUUGUAGCUUAUGUAGAGGGGGGUGAAAAUUUCCUUGCAUGUCUGUGAAGGAUUUUUUCUAGGCUUGUAUUAAAUUGGUUUAGCGGAGUACGCCACAUGGAACCGUAUUGAUAAAUCAUGGAAGCAAUAUGCACUGAAGCGGCGGUGAAGAGGAACAGCUCAGCAACCACAAUAUCUUUUAAAAGAGGAGAUUUUGUGGAUAAACAAGGUGCAUUCUGGGUAAUGAAGACGUGUCCCACAAUCCCCUGCCUUUUGGCUUUAGCGUCACUGGCGUCCGUAUGGAGCCAGCCUCCCAACAGGCCUUCCAUUUCUCUGAAGUCCCUGCUGAUGCUCCAAGACAUGGAGCCCCCGGGGAUGGAUGAAGAUAUCCUGCCCACGUUUAUCGCCUUCGAGGCCAGCAGCCAGGAACAGGAAGGAGAAGAUGUUAGCUACGACGCUCCAGAGGUUGCUAACAGAGAGGAUGGCACGUACCUGACUGGGGGUCAGGGUGAGGACAGGACCGAACUGGUCCUGCUGAGAAAGGUGGUGCUGACCCGUCUGCUGGGGGAGAAGGAGAGGGAGGGGCCUCUGGGCAGGCCCAGGGGGGUCAAGGAAGACAUGGACGUAGCACAAGGGGGCAACAGUGAGUCAGAGGCAGAAAUCCCCACAGAUCUGGACUAUGAUGGGGACAGUCAGGACUAUAUGGAGGGUCUGGGGUCUGAAGAGACCAGCGAAACUGGCGCGAUGCCUCUCGCCGAGGGACCCAACUUCCUGUCCUCAGAAGAGGUACAGGAUAGAGAUCCGGCGGCAAACCGUGAGUUUCCAGAGGGGAACAUGGACAUCAGCCCUGGGGGAGCCCAGGAAGCCACUGACCGAACAUCAUGGGAAGGUAACACUAGCCUGGAACUGGGGGGUGCCUGGAGAACUGCAGUCUGGGACAGUGCAGAGAUCUCCAAGGACAAAGUGAGGAAACGUAAGGGCGAGCGGCCAAUCAGAAAAGGGCUGGACCAGCAGAAUGGGGCCCACGUGACCAAGGAGGCCGAGAAAGAUCCAGAAACCACGGACGGCAUGCCGCAUAAGUCUGCAGAGACGUCCGGGAGAUGGGCUUCUCCCAGGGUCAGGAAUCCCACACAGGCCCAGAAGGCCCGGCGGCCAGACGCCUCCAGUGGGCCGUCUGGGGAUGAGGCACAGAGGCUAGCGGCAGCCGACCUCUGUGACGCUUUCCCGUGCAAGCGUGGGAAGACGUGCCAGCUCGAUCGUGGGGGUCACCCUGGGUGUGUCUGUCAAGACCCCCUGACAUGUACUCCGAGCGCCAGCGAGUUUGAGCAUGUCUGUGGUACAGAUAACAAGACCUACGACAGCACCUGCCUGUUCUUCGCGACCAAAUGCAACCUCAAGGGCACCAAGCGAGGUCACAGACUCCACCUUGACUACGCCGGACCCUGCAAACACAUUGCGUCCUGCCAUGACGGCGAGCUGGCUCAGGUCCCCCUACGCAUGCGUGACUGGCUGAAGAAGAUCCUGCUGCAGCUGUACGAGCAUGACAUGCACAUCCCCGGCUUCCUGAGCGCCAAGCAGCAGCUGCGAGUACAGAAGAUAUUUGAGAGCGAAAGGCGCCUCCACACAGGGGAGCACUCCAUCAAGAUGCUGGCCCGGGACUUUGAGAAGAACUACCGAGGGUACAUCUACCUCGUGCACUGGCAAUUUGCUCAGAUGGACAAGCACCCCACGGACAGGCUCCUCUGCCACACAGAGCUGGCCCAGCUGAGGGCGCUGUUGGUCCCCAUGGAGCACUGCACCUCCCGCUUCUUCCGGGAAUGUGACAGGGACAAGGAUGGCCUCGUGUCCUUCAAGGAGUGGGGCCGCUGCUUGGGGAUCAGGGAUGCGGACAUGGAUACAAACCUGCUGAUGUAACCUCAGACUCAGUACCAGACCCUCGGUCUUCAUCAGUGUUUCUUCCUGCACGCGAUCCGUGAUGUUCGAGAAGGAGACCAAGUAGAUCAACGGUGUGGUGGGAUGGGAUAAAAGAGCAGAGUAAUUUGUCUUGUUUUCUCUCCUAACAGAUGGAGUAUGAAAGUAUGUUUGAACAAAUGUUGUGGGUAAAUUCAAAGAAUAUGGCUUUAGGAGGAAUAAAAUGAUAUGGAAUAAUGUGUUACUUUAAUGUUCUAGAAAAUCCAUGGAUUUUGAUUGUAAACACAUACAGAUGUGUGUGUGUCUGUGUUGAGGAAUACAGUACCGCAGGAUAAUUACGAGUCAAUAUUGAAUGGACUGAAUUUAAUCUGAUACCGCAGAUGGAUCAGAGGUUUUUGAAUUAGAUGAAUGAGUGAGCGAAUCCUAACACUUACUGCUGUAGAUUAAUGCAGAUUUAUACAGAUGUUCUAUCAUUUUCCUUUUGCUUAAUUUGCUUUGUCACCUUAAAAUCCAUUUCUGAUAAUGUUGGUGUUACUGCAUCUGUUGUAGACUGUAAGUCAAUGUUUACAUGUAAAAAUGUUCCAUUACUCCUGUUAAAAUCGUGGGUGAAAAACUCUCAGAUUCUUACAACUUUUCAGUUACAAGUUGUUCCUUAAAUUAACCCUUCUAAUAAAGGUUUCUUGUUCAA